CAGAGCAGGAGCGGCUAUCGGUUCUAACAACGCCAUGAAACAAAACUCUGAAGUUGGGCUCAUGUUGAUCUGCUCUUGAAAACUUGCCGGGGCCAAAAUAACCUGGGUGUCUUCAGACUGAGGAAGGGAAAAGUCUUUGGAAAGGAUGUUGUCUCACCAGCCAUGGUACCAUGGCAAUAUCACUCGGUCUACAGCAGAGGACCUCCUCUCCAAAGCAGGCAAGGAUGGGAGCUUCCUCCUGCGGGACAGCGAAUCCAUACAGGGAGCUUAUGCCCUCUGUGUUCUGUACCAAAACUGUGUGUAUACCUACAGAAUAUUACCAAAUGAGGACAAAAACCUGUCAGUCCAGGCAUCCGAGGGUGUGCCUAUUCGGUUCUUCUCUGUGCUGCCAGACCUAGUGGAGGCAUAUUAUAAGGAGAACAUGGGUCUGGUCACACACCUUCAGUAUGCUGUGCAGAAAGAGGAGGAGCCGGAGGAGGAACCAGAGCCAUGUAGUUUGCCGCCUCAGUUGCCACCCAGGAAUAUCACAAGUAAUGAAUGUAAAGACGGCCAUAGUGACUCGUCCAGAGGAACCGAUAGGGGAACGGAGCUUGCCCGCCCCUCCAUCUCAGACACCUAUAUCCAGCGUUUGCAGCAAAUCGACAUAUCAAAUUUACCAGAGGACCAUCAGAAGUCCAUCCAGGAAUAUUUCCGCUCAUCUGUUUGUGUAGAUGCAGAGCAGGCACAGAAUGGCAACCCGACUCUUCCCCACUUUAAAAAGCUCACACAGAGUAUCUGCAAAAACCUAAACAGUGAAAUUGCCCGCACACUUCCGAGUCUUGAGGCACUGCAGAAAGUUUUGGAUCAACCGUUGUCUCCUGGAGUGGGGAGACUAAGGAGUCAGCUUUCUGGAGAUGCAACUCAGUCUGUGGCUUUCAGACUGGAACAACUGACUAAGCUUAUAUAUUCAAUAGAAGACAAGACCAAGAAUGCUGUGUUUGAUUCUGUGGGAUAUGACGGAGGGCACAGAAAGUCACUUAUUCCUCCUGUGACAUUCGAAGUCAAAUGCGACUCCCUUGGUAUUUCAAACAAAAUGUACCUCAAAGUCGAUGUGGAAGGAGGGAAGGUUUACUUCAAGAAGUCCAAAGAUGGACCUGAGGAUAAAUAUUUUGUGCACAAUAAAAUCUUGCAGUUGGUGAAGUCCCAGAAGAUGCACAACAGACUAGUAUUGGUGGUAGAGACAGAGAAGGAAAAAACUCAGCGCAAAGACUUUGUCUUUGAUGACACAAAGAAAAGAGAAGGCUUCUGCCAGCUUCUACAGCAGAUGAAGAACAAGCACUCAGGAAAACCUGAGCCGGAUAUGAUCACCGUCUUUGUUGGCACCUGGAACAUGGGAAAUGCGAAUCCACCACCAAACAUCACUUCCUGGUUCCAGUCAAAGGGUCAGGGAAAAACCCAUGAUGACACAGCCAGUCAAAUCCCACAUGAUAUCUAUGUGAUUGGGACACAGGAGGACCCAUUGGGAGAGAAGGAGUGGAUAGAAACAGUUAGGGGAGCCCUUAGAGAUAUAACCAACAUUAGCUUCAAACAAAUAGCCACUCAGACACUGUGGAGUAUAAGGAUUGUGGUUCUAGCCAAGCCGGAACACGAGAACCGCUUCUCUCACGUCUUCUGUGACAGCGUUAAGACUGGCAUAGCUAAUGCUUUGGGGAAUAAAGGAGCUGUGGGGGUGUCUUUUAUGUUUAAUAGAACCUCCUUUGGGUUUGUCAACAGUCACCUGACAUCGGGAAGCGAAAAGAAACUGAGGCGAAACCAGAACUAUGUUAGUAUUCUGCGUUUUCUGAAUCUGGGAGAUAAGAAACUUAAUCCUUUUGACAUCACACAUCGCUUCACACACCUCUUCUGGCUGGGGGAUCUGAAUUAUAGGGUUGACUUACCAUCACAGGAAGCUGAGAACAUUGUAAUGAAGAUCAAACUGCAGCAGUAUCAGGACCUCCUGGCCAGAGAUCAGCUGAACAUAGAGAAGGAAGAGGAGAAGGUCUUCUUAGACUACGAGGAGGAGGAGAUAACAUUUGCCCCCACUUAUCGUUUCGAGAGAGACACACGGGAGAGAUAUGCCUACACUAAAGCCAAAGCCACAGGGACAAAAUACAACUUGCCUUCAUGGUGUGAUCGUGUGCUUCGCAAGUCCUACCCUAUGGCGCAUGUGGUUUGCAACUCGUAUGGAUGCACCAAUGACAUAAUGACAAGUGACCAUUCCCCUGUAUUUGCCACAUUUGACGUUGGUGUGACUUCUCAGUUUGUCUCAAAAAAUGAUCUCUCAAAGGAUGCACAGGGUGCUAUAAAAAUCAUGAAUUGCGUAGCUGUUCUUUUGACUAAAUCAAAGACUAAGUUCUUUAUUGAGUAUCACUCAAGCUGCUUGGAGAAAUUUGUAAAGAGUCCUGAAGGAGAAAACCAAGAGAACACAGAGGGCUCGAUAAAAGUACGAUUUAGCGGACAAGUUGAGCUCACGCCCAUCAUUGCAGACCCUGAAUACCUCCUUGAGCAGCACAUCCUCAUCUGCAUUAAAUCUACAGAUUGUGAUGAGUCAUAUGGUGAGGGUUGUGUGGCUCUGCGUUCUGCUGAAAGCUCUUACACUGAGUUCAGUAUCAAACUCGCACAUCAUGGUGAGCGCACAGGUCUGCUAACAGGUGGCAUACAGCUCCCCAAAUCAGAUGGAAAACAGACAGAGAAGCUGUAUGAUUUCAUUAAAGUUGGAGAUGACCCAGGAUCUGGAAAAGGCAAAUCAGGAGAUAAUACCAAAAUGUCUUCUUCAGUCCUCACCACUGACAUUAGUAACCCCAGUUAUAUGGGUGUAGGCUACAAGAGCAAUAACCAGUCAGACAGGGGCCCCGGCAGAACAGGGUCAUCAUCUGGGCAUUCAUCAAAGGACAUGACGCAUGGCAAUAUCUCCCCAAAAAAGACUAGUUACGAGCAUGCUACACCCAGCCCAACUACAAAGACAUCAAACCCUAUAUCUGAGGAUGGGCAGACUCCAGAGAUGUUUGAGAAUCCACUUUAUGGCUCAAUGAGUGCAUCACGAGGAAGUAAAGACCAUCUCCCUCCUCCAGAUGCUCACUUCGCCUUUUCCAAAACAGACCUUGAUGCUGACCGUCAGCCCCCUGUUCCGACCCCUCGCAUCCGCUCUUUCACCUGUUCAGAAACCAAACCCCAGUCAUCAUCAGCCACAAACACCAUGAGCAGUGGUCUACAACCCCAGAACAUCACCAAGAAGCCAGUGGUGCCUUCUCGCUCUGAAGGGGGCACGACUGGGCCUAAUAGACCUCCAGUGCCCAUGAAGUCCCGCCCUGGUCAGCCACAAGAGCUUCAACCAAAGCCCAGAGACUACAGGGACAGUUCUGAGCUCCCAUCCAAGUUGCGGCUACAAACCAGAUCAGGCCAACCAAAAGAUGGGCAUAAUGAGACGCCACAAUUGAAGAUGGGUCGGCCUUUAAAAUGAUUUCCUAUCAGCUAUCAUCGUUGGUGUGAGCUUCAUAUCUGAUACUUGAGACUCUGUAGUACUGGGCAUAAGACAUAAAUGUAUAAGAAUAAGUGUAUAAACAAUAGCAAUAGAAAGAACAUGGAUAUUGAUUUUUAAAUGAUGAAUGUUUCACAGUUUGAAUGUCACUGCAUAUAGUUUCACAUAGAGCAAUCAUUUCUAUCAGCCUCUGUUUAAACAUUUAAUUUUGCUUGAAAUAUUUUUAUUAAAGGGAGGAGAGUGAAAAGGUGUUAUCGUAUAUAAUAAAACCAAGUGUUGUACAGUCAUUGAAUUGUUGUUUUUUUUCUUCCUGGAAAAAUGCUCUUUAUCAGUCAGUUUGACCAUAGGCCACAAAUAGUUGUUCUUAGAAAUCCAAGGAGUGUAGCACUUUUCAAAAUUACACAUGCUUCCAUUUUCCAUGUUUUUUUUAAUUUCUGU